UUCUAUAUAAGGAGCACUCAGCAGCUCCUCCAUCUCUGUUCCAGUCGGUCAAGAUGAAGCGUCAGUCACCACCACAGCAGAAUAGGAGGAGGAGCAAGCAGCACCAGAAAACUCCGCCCGUGACGCCUGCAUCAGCAGGUCCCAGCAUGUCCCGGUCCACGCACGUGAAGGCCUCGGACUCGUCCACGUGGGAUCCUGUAGCUCAGCUUCACAGCAUGCUGGAGCAGGAUAGCCAGGUGUUUAUGUCGGUGCCAGAGGCUACGCUUGAUGGGGCUUCACAGUACUGGGCUCCUUCAUAUGCACCGUCCACUGAUCAUAAUCUCACAAGGGACAUCCCACCAUCAGUGCAAGAACAGCAGGCUAACCGCACUGGUUUGGAUGUUGUGGAUGAGAAGAUUACGACCGCCGCUUCACCUCAACCUUUACUGUUCAUCUCAAGCUGUGUGUUAACAGUUAGUGGUUCAAAAGGUAUCCAUGUAGGACUUGAAGUUUCACAAUACGGUAGCCUCUUAACUGUGUUAGUGCUCGAAAAUGUACUCAAAUAUAUUAAAGUGAAAUUUUCUGACUACGAGUGGGAUGAACUGUGUCGUUUAACAAUACACAUCAAGAAUCAUAUGACUACUGAAUAUUAUCCAUCCCACUCCUACCAGGACAUGUACUGUGGCAGUCUACCUGUGAGUAUUCUAUCAAUGUAUGAUGAUGCUACACUAAAAAUUAAAAGAGCUGAUGGUUAUAGUAUUUUCAUGCAUCACCCCACUGUUGAUAACUUGUUUAAUUUAGACAUGGCUCUAACUAGUAUGAUAGAGAGACUAAAUAGAUGGUGCCCAUAUGUUCAGGCAGUAUACACCAACAUCAUUAACUGGCUUCACACAUGUAGCAUCCACAUAGCUGAUAUAGAACAUUGUUUUAGUAUGUGUAUAACACCAGUGCCCAAGUAUUGUGCUAUUCCUCGAAUAAGUGUUGAAAAUGUCGAUCUCAAAUUUACUGAUGGAAUACCGGACUAUUGUAAUUCACCCAUAGCAUUACGAGAUAUAUGUGCUGAAUUUCAAACAUGCAAGCAGCAGCUAUUUUCCAAAUACUGUACUUCUGCUGCAUCGCUUAAAAAAGAAUGUACUGAUUUUUUCUCAUGCUGGACAUAUUUGUAA